AGGACAAGUCACCAUAAAGAUAUUGGUUAAUGGUGUGAAGAUUGACCCUUCCAAAGAACCAGGCUUGUCUUGCAGCAAAAGAGAGUGGCUCCAUCUGGAGGACAUUAAGCCAGAAUCUAAACCUCUGCCGCGAACACGUUCCAUUGAGCUAAUGGAGAUUCAGGAUAUAAGGGAGGAUCAAAAAAGUGUCAAGAAGAAAAGUUCAAAGUGCCUAUGUUUUUGUUUCAUGCGGUCCUUCACCAAGGGAAGCAAGAAGGAGCGAAAGAGAACAGAAAGCUACAGUGCUUAUGUGGUUGGCAAUGGCAACAACCACAGUGUGCCACCUGGUGGCCAGAAGGACAAGACUGGCAAUGAGGGCAAAAAUGGUGCACAUCCAGACACUGAUGGUGCUAUCACUAAUGGCAAUGGCCAAAUAACCAAUAGGAACCAGCCUCCCAAAACUGUCGACCCAGCCUUAAAGAAAGUCUUUGAAAAUAAAUCUGAAUUAUUUUACAAAGAAGUUCAAGAAGCUUCCUGUCAGACCCAUGUGGAUUUUGUCAAGUAUUUGGAACAGAUGAGGGGGAUCCUCUUCAUGCAAAUUAACACUGACAGUGACCUCUCUGUGAUUUGCAUAUGCAUGAAGUUGAGUCAGCUGACCCAGCUGAAACAAGACUGGAGGAAUGGUAACCUAUUGAAAGAUGUGGAGAGUUGUCUCGUUAAUGAUACAAUCUUACAAGUCAUUGGUGCAAAAGGAUUGAAACUCCAAGUAGAGCUUCAGGAAGAGGAACUUAAUUUUGCUGAGCAGGAACUAUCAACGUAAAUAUCCCAAAGACGUUGAAAUGUUUUAGGGAGAAUUUUACAAAUAUUGGAGCAAAUGAUUUGCAAUUUGAAUCAGAACCUUUUUUGUGAAUUGGUGAUAAUAACUGAAUUGUCACAAAGAAAGUUUUUCUCUGAGAACAGUCUUAAGUUUUAUAUUGACAAGGUAGAGAUAGAGUAGAAUCUGUAGCACUAUGAAAAGUGAAAGUAGUAAAUAAAGUGCUUUGAUAUGGAGUGGCUUUCAGGAAGACUGAUGUAUACUCAAAACUAAAAUAACAUUUUUCUCAAAGAACAGAUAUACUUAUUUCCACGCCUUUCCACUAUUUCAGUGUCUAACGUGAUGUCAUUCAGAAACUGUUCUUGUAACUUAAAAUACAUGAAACAGCAGCUAAAAUUCUUUGCUGGCCAUUGUGUAAAAUUUAGAAUUUUCACCACAGCAUUACUAGUAUAAACAGGAGUUAAAUAUCAGCUGUUUUGUUGACACCAAAGACAUGCUUGUUAAGAAUAUAGUAAUACUGUGUCAGGGUGUAUUAUCAUGUUAGUGCAUGUAUAGAGCCAUCUAUUUGAGGCCCACUUACAUAUCAAGAAAGAAAUAUUUAUGGUCACUUUCAGGUAGUAGAAUAGAAUGCUUUCAAAUGUGGCUCUGCCAUUUUGGAGCAAAGUGUUCUUCAUCAUCAUCAUAAUAAUAAUAAUAAUGAUUGUAGUAAUUUGUGUAAUCUUUUUGGGUUGGGUUGGUUUUUGGCAAGUUUAGUUUCAAAGUAAGAAGACCAAGGUGUCAUUAAAUAGUACCAUGCAAUAUUAUUAAUAUUAUUUAUAUUUGUUUUAAUGACCAAGUGUAAAUCAACAAGCUUGAUGUGGAAAUUAGUCAAGGAAAUAUUGCAACAGGAGAGAACACAGUUAAUGUUGCAAAUCAUAUAAGAUCAUUGAGCCAAGUACUAGAAUAUUUAUUGCUGCUGUGUAAAUAUCAUAACACAUAAUCAGCAGAAAACAUCACUAGCACAUAGUAAAAAAAAUUGUUACAAUCUUGGCAAUGUGAGUGGAUUUUGAAAAAGCAUUUGAUAAAGUAGAAUAUGAACUGGGUUGUUGAAAUUUGGGGAACAUGUCAUGAACAUCCUCAGCAGUGGUGUCAUGUUAGCCAUGACAGAGGUCAUGCUUGCCAUGACAGAAAUACGAUUCAAGAUAUAUAUAUAUAUGUAUGCAGGCCAAGAGAAGGGAGAUCCUUCAACAUUCAUUUUAUCACAUGUAUUUAAGGAAAGGCUUGGAAAAUGCUUAAGUGAUGUGCAAGUGGGGCACUAAGUUUAAGAGUUUUGCUUAGUAAGUUUCAUAGUUUCUGAAACAACACAUGAACACACUUUUAUACAUUACUUUGCUAUGUGGUAAAAGUAUUAUUUUAAGUUAUCUAUAAGUAAUUUUUUAACAGUACAUGUUCAGGUGGUGCUUAAUUAUUUAUUGCAUGGUUUUGCUAAGGACAAACAGUUAAGUUGAUGAAAUAGGUCACAUGAAUAGUGGCACUUUUGCUUGUCAAGAAAGGAUGUAGAAUUUUUUUUUUCGCACUACUAUAUGUGCAAGGUGUGCUUAGAUAUUUAUCACAUGGUUUUGGCCAAGACCAGCAGUUGCCUUUGGUCCUGAAUUGACACACACCACGUGGAUAGAUGGCGUUGUUGCUUGUCAAGAAAAGAUGAAGUAUACAAGACAAAAGUAUUCAAAUUAUCAGCAUUUGCUUUGGCAAAUGUCUUAAUUUUAAAUUGGUCUUAUAAUUUUAGAUAUGGCUUGGUUAUGACAUAUUUCUUAUAUUAAUCAAAGGAGUAUGAAACUCGCAGCUGAGGCCAUUGCACUGAGAUAUCUGAUAUAGUAGUUACUCAUAUUGGUGUCGACUAAUAUUGUUAUGACGUCCUUCUAUAUCUAAACAGUAACUGGCUUUUACCAAAAGACAUCCUGUUCAAUGUGGUUCAAAUUCAACUCCAUAUUAAAAAAACCAUUGGAAUGGUUGAAAACUAUAAGACCUGUAUCUGCCUUU